AUAACCAUUUCCUACCCAAACUAUACAACAUUUCCAGCUGUCCCUGGAAUUCCAAAGCCCCCCAUUUUCCAAAUCAUUUCGUUUUCGCCGAAAGUUAAAAAAAAAAAAAAAAAACUUCCCAAGAUUUCAAUUCCUGUUUCUGAUUCAAACUCCCAAAGCAAAAAAAGAGAGUCAAUGGGAAAGAUUCAGUCUUUCAAGAAGCAAUACUCAUUUGAGGAACGCCUUGAAGACGCAAAGAAUAUAAUUAUGAAAUACCCAGAUCGAGUCCCUGUGGUCAUCGAAAGAUAUUCAAGGACAGACCUGCCUGAAAUGGAGAAGAAAAAAUACCUGGUUCCUCGGGACAUGUCUGUUGGCCAAUUUAUCCACAUAUUAAGUAGCAGGCUGCAUUUGACUCCUGGAAAAGCUCUUUUUGUUUUUGUAAAGAACACCUUACCUCAAACAGCUAGUCCUAUGGAUUCCAUCUAUGACUCUUACAAGGAUGAUGAUGGGUUUCUGUAUAUGUGUUACAGCAGUGAGAAAACCUUUGGCUAACAUGUUCCAUAUAUUCCUCAAAAACAUUUGUAUGUCUAUUCUUCAUUCUUGUAACUAUUUGUGGCUCAGAAAAGUUAAGUGUUGAGUAUUUGUUGUCCACUUAUUCUGAACCAUGAACGUGCGGCCUGUUUGGCUUGACAGAAUAAUCUGACUUGUAAAGAACAUGCAUUUUAUUAUGUGUUAUGUAAAGUUAAAAUGGUGCCAUAUAGUUUCUUC